UGUUGCAGGUUGGUUCUUUAAAUGCUUGUUUCUUUGCCAGAAGGGGUUUUGUAGUAGAACUUUAUGAAAGCAGACCAGAGUGAUAAAUCUGAAGAGGAGAGGUGCUGCCACCUACAAGAGUUCUCCACAUGUACCAAGACCCCAGCAAAUCAGCAUUCCAGCUUGUAUAUCCGUGGCUCUGAUAUAGUUCAUGGCAGGAGUAUUAAUCUGGCCAUUUCUCAUCGUGGACGACAAGCUCUCAAAGCUGUUGGAAUGGAAGAUCAGAUUGUGUCUAAAGGCAUCCCCAUGAGGGCAAGAAGGAUUCAUACACUCUCAGGCAAACAAUAUUCUAUUCCCUAUGGAACAAAAAGCCAGUAUAUUCUCUCUGUGGACAGAGCAAAUUUAAACAAGGAGCUUCUGACUGCUGCUGAGAAAUGCCCCAACACUAAAUUAUACUUUGAACACAAACUGCUUCACUGCAAUGUCAAAUCAGGGUUACUGACCUUUUCAAGAGCAGACCAGAUCUCAAAAGAGGUUGCUUGUGACCUUAUUGUGGGUUGUGAUGGAGCGUUUUCUACAGUUAGGAAGCAGUUUAUGAGACAAACACGUUUCAAUUACAGCCAGAUGUAUAUUCCUCAUGGAUACAAAGAACUGAGAAUUCCCCCAAAGAAUGGAGAUUUUGCAAUGGAGCCAAAUUAUCUUCACAUCUGGCCCAGGAACACAUUCAUGAUGAUUGCUCUUCCGAAUCUGGAUAAGUCAUUCACAUGCACUCUCUUCAUGCCUUUUGAGGAUUUUGAUAAGCUUACAGUGGGAGAUCAAGUACUGGAUUUCUUCAAAAUGUAUUUUCCAGACUCGGUUCCUCUAAUAGGAGUGCAGGAACUGAUGCAAGAAUACUUUUUGUUGCCAGCCCAGGCCAUGGUAUCCAUCAAAUGCUCAUCAUAUCACAUUGAUUCUCACUGUGUGCUUAUGGGAGAUGCUGCCCAUGCUGUCGUGCCAUUCUUUGGUCAAGGCAUGAAUGCUGGAUUUGAAGACUGUUUGGUUUUUGAUGAAUUAAUGGAUCAGUUCCGAAAUGAUUUCUCAAUCUGCCUUCCAGAAUUCUCGAGACUGAGAGUACCUGAUGACCAUGCCAUUUCAGACCUAUCCAUGUACAAUUAUACAGAGAUGCGGGAGCAUGUGAAUUCAAAAUGGUUCAUUUUCCAAAGGAAUGUGUUCAACUUUCUUCACACCCUCAUGCCUUCCACCAUUAUCCCUUUGUACACUAUGGUCACAUUCUCAAGAAUCCGGUACCAUGAAGCUGUGCAAAGAUGGAAAUGGCAGAAUAAGGUACUAAAUACAGCCCUUUCCCUUACUGUGGCAGCAACAGCUUCGACAGUUAUCUUUCUGCUCAGAAAUGGCAUAAAGCAAAAAAUAAACUUCUGUGUGGAGAACCUGUGGAAAUAA